CAGUAGCAGUUGAAGAUGAGCAGCAGGCGGCUGGGAGCUCUGAGCUCAUCAUGUCUGAAGAGCUGCUGUGUUAUUUUAAGCACGCAUGUGUCUGAGUGUCUGUGAACGCAGCACAGGCGUCAGCAGGAGGUCUGGACUCCAUCCAGCUGCUCCUUUACCUUAAACCCAGACAUCGGAGGGCGAGCUGGAGAUCAUCAGCAGGUGACACCCUUCCCAUGGUGCCCUGCAUCCUUGGGGGUCACCAUGGAAGAUGAGCCAUAUCCAGAAUGCCGAGCUCAGGAGCUGUUCGAUCAGUUUGUAUCUGCAUCAACCUGCAGGGCGGCGCUACGCUGCUUCAGUCAGCUGUGUGAACAUCUGCAGCUGGACCCGAGCACUGCCGAAAGGCCAUUGUAUCAACCGAUCAAACGCUGCCUCAGCUACUGGAGGGCAAAUGGCCUGUGGGCCAAGCUGGACCGGAGGGCGGCACAGGAGGAGUACCAGAGGGCCCGAGUCUGCAGCAACAUGACGUGUGUGAUCAUCGGGGCAGGGCCUUGCGGUUUGCGGACAGCUGUGGAGCUGAGCUUCAUGGGAGCUCGCGUGGUGCUGCUGGAGAAGAGGGACUCUUUCUCUAGGAACAAUGUUCUCCACUUAUGGCCCUUCACCAUCCAUGACCUGCGUGGCCUUGGAGCCAAAAAGUUCUACGGAAAGUUCUGUGCUGGCUCCAUUGACCACAUCAGUAUUCGCCAGCUGCAGCUUGUCUUGCUGAAGGUCGCCUUACUGCUAGGGGUCGAAGUUCACGUCAACGUGGAGUUUAAAAAGCUGGUGGAGCCGCCGGAGGACCAGCACAGACACAACGUGGGCUGGAGGAUGGAAGUGAGUCCAAAGUCUCACCCUGUGAGUCAGCUGGAGUUUGACAUAAUAAUCGGAGCAGACGGACGCAGGAACACACUGCCAGGUUUCAGGCGUAAAGAGUUCAGGGGGAAGCUCGCCAUCGCCAUCACAGCAAACUUUAAGAACAGAAACACCACCGCUGAGGCCAAAGUGGAGGAGAUCAGUGGUGUGGCGUUCAUCUUCAACCAAAGAUUUUUCCAGGAGCUACGCCAGGAAACUGGGAUUGACCUGGAGAAUAUUGUGUACUACAAAGAUGACACACACUAUUUUGUGAUGACAGCAAAGAAACAGAGUCUGUUGGAAAAAGGAGUUAUUCUGCAGGACUGUGCAGACACAGAGCUGCUCCUCUCUCGGGAGAACGUGGACCAGAAUGCAUUGCAGGCAUAUGCCCGCGAGGCCGCAGACUUCUCCACCAAUCACCAGCUGCCAUCUCUGGACUUUGCCAUGAAUCACUACGGCCAGCCAGAUGUCGCCAUGUUUGACUUCACCUGCAUGUACGCAUCAGAGAAUGCUGCUAUGGUUCGCCAACGCCAUGGACACCAGCUGCUGGUCACACUGGUCGGAGACAGCCUGCUGGAGCCCUUCUGGCCAAUGGGGACAGGAAUCGCUCGAGGGUUUCUGGCAGCUCUGGAUUCAGCUUGGAUGAUACGAAGUUGGGCUCAGGGUGCAGCUCCUCUGGAUGUCUUGGCUGAGAGAGAGAGUUUGUACCGUCUCCUCCCUCAGAUGACUCCAGAGAACAUGCAGAAGAACAUCACUCUGUACUCUGUAGAUCCAGCAACAAGGUACCUGAACACCAGCUCUUUGACCAUCACACCUGCCCAGGUGAGAUACCUGGUGGAUACAGGAGAAGAGCUGGAGCUAAACACAGACUGCAGUAACAUCAUCCGGCUGUCCUCCCCCAGAUGCCUCAGACAAGAGUCCUUCUCAAGGUCCAAUCAGCUGCUGACUUGGUGUCAGGAACAGACUCGUGGUUACCAUGGCGUUAAUGUUACCGACCUGACUUCUUCCUGGAGGAGUGGCCUGGCCCUGUGUGCCCUUAUCCACCGAUACCGACCUGAUCUGAUAGACUUUGAUUCACUGGACGAGCUGUCGGUGGAAGAAAACACUCGACUCGGCUUUGAUGUGGCUGAACGAGAGUUUGGGAUUUCUCCUUUGAUGACGGUGGAGGAAAUGUCAUCUGUGGAAGAACCAGACUCUCUGUCCAUGGUCAUGUACCUGAGCCAGUUCUAUCAACUGCUCAAAGACUCACCACCCCCUGCAGGCUACCUGAGUCAGAGCGCUGACUUGAGAUCAGCUCUCAUUGCUCCCGCGUCACUCCUAAGCCGACUGGGAACCAGUGUGUCCAGGAAGAGAAACCCAAAGGAGCAUGGGGAUGCUCUGGGUAAAAAGAGGAAGACUAGUCAGCCUAGUCAAGAGCUGCAGGAGUCACGUGACCUGAAUGGUGAUGUCAGCCAGUCCUUUGAGGAGGAGUUUGUGGGUGGAGCCAGCCGGUCCAGAGUUCGUCUGAUGGCCAAUCAGCUGCAGGCAAAGCUGGACGAAAGUUCCUCUACAUGCAGGGCUUCUUCUUCUGCUGCGUCUGCAGCUUUACGUCGACUGCAGGGGGAGCAAUCCAUCCUCCCUCCAACCUCAGAGUCUGCAGAUGGUCAACCAGCUGCAGCUCCAGUUCACAUGUCAUCAUGGAGGCCGAAAAAAAGAACUCUUCAGCAGGAGCAGAUGAGUUUUCGGUUCAAACAGAAGCUCAAGGCUCAGACUGUUCUCAAUGGGGAUGAACAGCCUUCUGAGCAGUGUCUUCAGAUGUACACUGGUGGAGUGAGCUUAUUGGCUGCACAGAUAGCCAGUCGUUUUCAGAGUCAGGAGGAAGGUGGUGUGGUCUCUGCCAGCUGCAGCGACGUCUGUUUCUUCUGUAAGCAGAGGGUUUAUGUGAUGGAGCGUCUCAGCGCUGAGGGUUUGUUCUUCCAUCGAAGCUGUUUCCAGUGCGCCUCCUGCGGCGGCCUCCUCCGACUGGCUUCGUACACCUAUGACCGGCACACUGGGAGGUUUUACUGCCUGCAGCGCUCUGAGUGUCACCUGGGCGCUCCAACCGUGAGGAAGAGGCCAGCACCAUCUGACAGAACUGCGUCACAUCGAACGUCAAUCGCAUCUCAGAGCUCAGUGCCGUCUCUCUCUGACUCUCUGACCUCGGCAGGCCGCCGUCGAUCCUCAGCUGCUUCCAUGAUGAUGGUGAUGCCGGAGAGGAUCGAGCUGGAAAUCUGCCACCCGAUCUCGGAGGUGGAGCUGCAGGAGGAGCCGGAAGAGAUUUCUGAGGAGGUCCUGAACCUCUUCAACCUGAGCACGGACAGCAAGGCGGGGUCCAGAAGUUCAGAUUCCGAGGCGGAGGAGGAGGAUGAGGCAGAGGGUGUAGACCGUGUAACCUCGGUUGAGACAAGAGCUUCAUCGAAAGAAACUCUGCAGCUUUACCUGAGAGUCGAGGAGCAGGAGGAAGAGGAGGGGGGCAGUGAGGUGGAGUCCAGCGACGAAGGGGAGUACGACCCCUGGGAGAUGGAGCGCCGCUCAGGCCUGUGGCUCCUGUUAGAGGAGGAGACAGAGGUGGAGCUUCCUCCUCACAGCUCUGACACAGCUGUUCACCCUGACUCCACCUCUUCCAUACUCUCAUCUGUGACUCCGUCCCCUAUCGAUGCCAUCACCCCCUCCACAGCCUCCUUCAUCACCACACCUGAUUCCUCCCCCAGUGAGGACGGAGCCCAAGCACCACUCACACCUGCUGUCAUCAUGGAGACACCUGCUGCUGAUGGGCAGGGCUCAUUUGACAAUAUCACCCCUGAACAGCCGCAGAAGAGGCCCCUCCUACAGGAAAAAGGGGAGGAGGAGGAGGAGAGGGCCAGAAGGAGGAGACAGCGAGGAGCUCACAGCCUCCCCCCUCGACUGCUCUUCCCACCCCUGCAGCCUGGGGGCGGGGCACUCCCAUUUAAAAAGCUAAGAGAGGCUCCUCCCCCCAGGCAAAUGGAGGGGGGAGGGGGCAGAGCCAGAACCCUGUUAAAGUGUUUAGUGUUUUCUGGAAAUAAGAAGGAGCAGAAAAAGAAGGGGGGCAGGACAUUACCCGCAGAGAGGGUGAAGAGGGAAACACUGAGCCGGAGAUUUACAGAUGUGAGAGCGGAAGUGUCUGACCUGGAUUCAUCCACUGUGCUGCAGAGAUGUUCAUGGAAGCACCAAAACAAUCUGCGUUUGGAGCUGCUUGACCUCACCAAUGAAAUUCAGAGGGUUGCCAUCGAGGAGGAGGAGAGCCAGGAGCCGGCAUACGUUCCUCACGCUCUGGCUUUCAAACGAUCGUACGCCAUCAAGAGACACCCCCUGAAGGACCAAGUCCUGCUCCAGCACUCUGAUGGACAGUCCUCCUGCCCCACAGAGGUGGUGGGGGUCCUGGCCCAGCCGAAGGAGGCAUCCAGUCUGAGUGUGAAGGAGACCAUGUUCCAGAGGGAGAUUGAGGGUGGAGACGAAGACCUGGAUGCCAGAAUCACCCGACGGGUCCAGAGAGCUGCGAAGAGACAGGCCAAACAGGAAGAGCUGAAAAGAUUCCACAAGGCUCAGAUGAUCCAGAGGCAGCUGCAGCAGGUGGAGGAGAAACAGAGACAGCUGGAGGAGAGAGGAGUGAUGGUAGAGAAAGCUCUGAGAGGAGAAGCAGAUUACUGGGGAGAAUCCAGCCAAAGUGCAGACAUGGAGCUUCACCUGGGAGGGCUGGGGAAGCUGGAUAAUCCAGCUCUGAUGCAGCAGUGGUUCCAGCUGGUCCAUCAGAAGAACACUCUGGUUCGAUAUGAGGCUGAGCUCAUGAUCUUUGCUCGGGAGCUGGAGCUGGAGGACAGGCAGAGUCGCCUGCAGCAGGAGCUCAGAGAGAGGAUGGCUGUGGAUGACCACCUGAAGGAUGAGGAGCAGCUGGCUGAGGAGCGGCUGAUCCUGGAGGAGAUGUUGGAGGUGGUGGAGCAGAGAGACUCUCUGGUGUCCCUGCUGGAGGAGCAGAGACUGAAGGAGCGAGAGGAAGACCAAGACUUGGAGCAGGUCAUGCUGUCUGGAGAACUGGGACUCACCUGGACCUGAAGCUGGUCUGACUUCCUGUCCUACCUGUAAGACUGAGGAGCAGAAGCUGGACUCUUUAAACCCACCAGACAGAGACAGCAUGUUUGGAACUGGGAACUGUCGAGUUUCUGUUGACCAGUCAGGUGUGAGGAAACUUUGGUUUGAUGCAGGUGAAAAGAAAAAGAUGCUGUCAGCUGAAUUCAUUUAUUAACCUUUUAAAAUCGUCAAGUUCAUAAAACAACCAGAGAGCAGAAACAGGAAGUCCUGCUGUGAAAUCAGCUGGCUUCCAAUAUUUCCUCAGAGGUUAAAGUCAUCAGAGCAGCCAAUGAAUAAAAUCCAUUAGAAGCCCAACAGAGUCCAGGUGGUCUGAAUCCUCCAAUCAGAUCUGAUGAUACUGCAUUCAUGUACUCCCAGCAGAAUGAGGAAAAAAAUGAUAACAGCUUGUAUUAGAUAUACUCUGUAACGCUGACAUGUUUAUACUCAAUAUGCUUCAAUGAACGCUAACAUGCCAGCUAGCCAGUAAGAUGCUGGUGCUGAAAAUAAGCUCAUUUAAAUGAAGAUGCAAGGGAGGGAGACAAGAAGACAGCUCAGGCUACAAAGGAAGGUGGCUUUCAGUGAUAAACUACCUUAAAACUGCAUUCUUUCUAGUGACCAACAGGGGGUGACUCCUUUGAUCUCUGAGGGCCUUGUCCUGUUUCCUGCACAGUCCCUAUUCUUCGGUCAGAUCCAUGCCUUGUUAAAGGGGGAGGAGCUAUGAUAGACAGGAUAAACUGAAGUCCAGUUUAAGAUAAAGAAGGGUUAUUUUGAACUGUUGAUCAUGCAAAGCUGCUUUAUGGUAUUCUAAGAAUAAAAACUUUAAGCUGCUAAUGAGCAGAAUGGGUCAGAUUGUCUGUGCAUCCAAAACCUAAUGAUCAAACUUUAUAUGGAAGCCAGCUCUCAUGCAGUUCUGAACCACUUCCACAGAAGAGAAAUGUCCUUUAAAUGUCUCGUAAAGAUAAAAAAAAAAUUAUAUUAAAACAUUUUAAAACAGGUCAUUAAAAAGCUUGCAGGCCUGACCCUGCGGGGACUUGACCCUGCAGGGGCCUGAUCCUCCUUGGACCUGACCCAGUGGAGGGCCUGACCCUGCAGGGGGCCUAACCUCUGCUAAGGUUUUGGCAGUAACACUAACAAUCAUUAAAAUUACUUAAACAUUUCAGUGCACAGAGUUUAAUGGUGUUCAUGGAGCUGUGGUGGUUUUUGAAACAAAGACUUUCUUAAUAAUAACAGAAAAAAUAAUAAUCAAUAAAGAUCUGAUAAUAACCGGAAGGAACAUUUGGUUCUCUUGAAUAGUGCACACAGAAUCCAGCUUCAGUUCUCAGUCAUGUGACUUACUUUCAUGUUUAUCAUAUUGAUUGAUUGUGCCAUCAGAUCACCUGUGUGCCUUACCCCCCCCCCCAUGUCUGCCACCUGAUCCAUAACGUGUCCAUGCAGCAUGAUGAUGGUUAUUAAUGUAACUCUGACUCUGUGCUGUGAAAUAAAUGACUCAUUUCUGUCA